GGAAAGCAAGAAGUGGUUGUUUGCCAAUGUGGUAAGUUUUACUGCUAAGUUUUGACACCAACCAAACUUACAGCAACAGAUAUAUCUCAACUUGCCUCCCAUAAAUUCUGCUCAAAACACACAGUGAAGUGGGAUUUAAUAUAUUUAGAGUAGAGAUGUCAGCCUAUAAAACUUUAAAAUAUUAAGACCCUAUUGACCACAAUCUGUUAUUUGCCUAUUUUAAUAACCCUCAAAGACUGAAGGUUCUCCAAUUCACAACUCAUUAUCAAGAAAACCAGAAUCUCAGUGAGUGUGUGAGAGAGAGAGAGUUGUAGUUGUGUCAAAUGGGUCAUUUAGAAAUAUGCUUAGAAAAUGGUGAGUGCAGAGAGGCCUGUUUCUUAUUUUAACUUUUCCUUUGAAUGAUUCUGCCAGUUUUUCUCUUUGUAUGGUCACAGAUAGAUGCAGAGAGAGUUUCCAUAGACAAAAAAUUGGAAUGAAACAUGCUGUUGUUGUGAUCACAUUACAACAAGACAACAACAACGCAAAUGCAUACAAACCUCAACAACAACAACCUUGUUAGAACAACAACAAAACUCAAGAUUCUGCUCAAAUGGCCUCUUCUUCCUGUCCCAAAAUCCCAAUCAUUUUCACCCUUGUUUCUUUCCUCUUGAUUUUUCUUCCUGCCACCUCCCAUGCUGCCGUGCCACCGAGCUCCGGCCGCCGCAACCAGACUCUCCGGCCGCAGCAGGAGCUCAACAAACUCAAGAGAAUAAGGAGCUAUCUGAGGAAGAUCAACAAGCCUGCUGUCAAGACAAUUCAGAGCGUUGAUGGAGAUAAGAUAGAUUGUGUCCCAUCUCAUCUUCAGCCAGCUUUUGAUCACCCUCAGCUCAAAGGGCAGAAGCCAUUGGAGCCGCCGGAGAGGCCUAAAGGGCACGGCUCAAACGAGUCGAUUUCAGAGACUCUGCAGGCGUGGUUGGAAGCAGGGGAAUCAUGCCCUGUUGGGACAGUUCCAAUAAGAAGAACUACCGAGGAGGAUGUGUUGAGGGCCAGCUCCAUUCGUAGAUUCGGUCGAAAGAUUAAACGAGGCGUUCGCAGAGAUACAACAAGCAGUGAUCAUGAGCAUGCUGUGGCGUUUGUAAAUGGUGAUGAAUACUAUGGGGCAAAGGCAAGCAUAAAUGUGUGGGCACCGCGCGUGACAGACCAGUAUGAAUUCAGUCUGUCACAACUAUGGGUCAUCUCUGGCUCAUUUGGGAAUGAUCUUAACACCAUUGAAGCUGGCUGGCAGGUUAGUCCAGAACUGUAUGGAGACAACUACCCUAGAUUCUUCACAUAUUGGACAACGGAUGCGUAUCAAGCAACGGGUUGCUACAACUUGCUGUGCUCGGGCUUUGUCCAGAUAAACAACAAGAUCGCUAUUGGUGCAGCCAUAUCUCCGAGGUCAAACUACAAGAACAGGCAGUUUGAUAUUGGCCUCAUGGUUUGGAAGGAUCCGAAGCACGGGCACUGGUGGCUGGAGUUCGGGCAAGGGCUGCUGGUGGGGUACUGGCCGUCGUUCCUGUUCAGCCACCUGCAGAGGCACGCGAGCAUGAUCCAGUUCGGAGGGGAGAUCGUGAACAGCAGAUCAACGGGGUACCACACGUCCACGCAGAUGGGGAGUGGCCAUUUUGCUGAUGAAGGCUUUGGGAAGGCUUCCUAUUUCAGGAACUUGCAAGUUGUGGACUGGGACAACAGCUUGAUCCCUCUCAAUAAUCUGCAUCUUUUGGCUGAUCAUCCUAAUUGCUAUGAUAUAAGAGCUGGCAAGAAUAAUGCUUGGGGGAAUUAUUUUUACUAUGGAGGGCCAGGGAGGAAUUCCAGAUGUCCAUAAUUACUCAUCUUAUAUACCCAUGCCACCCAGUGUAGAGAUAAGAUAAUUAACCACCUUCUUCAUUUGCUCAUGUUCUAUUUUAUUUUUUGGGUUUUGAUUCUUUGUGAGAUUCUUUUUUCAGGCAAGACAGGUCCCUCUCAUUAUGAGUUCUAACAUGUAUGUUUCAAGUUCCCCCAUUCAAGACUUCAUGUAAAUGUUAUGAGUUAAGACAGAUGAUAAUAUAUAGCAAAGUUUGUAGUA